CAACAUGGCGGUUGUGGUACGGGUGUCUCAACUGCUCUGAAAGUUGAUACAUGGUGACUGUGAAAAAAGAAUCACUUCUUGGAUUACUAUUUUUUUUCCUGUCUUUGGGAUAACAUCAUAAAACAUGGUGCUGCUCCCGGAAAGCAACGAGCUGAGUUUGGCGGACCUGCGCCAAAUGGCGGCGCGGCAACAGCACCAAAUUGAAGCCCAUCAGCAACUAUUGGUCGCCAAGGAACAACGUUUAAAGUUCCUGAAGCAACAAGAAGCCCGCCAUCAUCAGGGACAGACGACGCAUGCUCAGGAGGGUGACAGAUUGCGCCACUUGCGGGAGAGAGUGGAACUACAAGAACUUAAGCUACGACGGUUACGCGCUUUGAGGGGCCAAGUGGAACAACAUAAGUCUAAUAAUUCGAAUUUAGGUACCGAAUUAGAGUCCAUACGAGCUUUGUUUAAUGAAAAGGAAAAGGAGCUUUCGAUGGCAGUAGCUAAAGUUGAAGAGCUUACUCGACAGCUUGAAGAGGUGCGGCGAGGUGAUGUGUCGGGAUUGAAGCAUGGGACAACCCCGUCUCCGGCUGCAUUGGAGUUCCAGAAACUGAAAAGGGAACUUCUAUAUCGAUCCAAGCUAAAUGAGCAGCAGAAUGCACGCAUUGCCCAGCAAAGGGAAACGUUAGCCAGGCGACAGUCUGAAAUAUCACAGAUGGACCAACGCAUUGCGGAUCUUCAACAAAGACUGCAGCGAAAACGUUUACUAAAUCAGCAGUUAAGCAGUCAGUUGCAUGCUGCCAACCGAAGUAGGCCACGCACCAAUAUUGCCACUGUCGAACCUCUGAAACGAACUGCGCAAGACGUUGAAAUCGUAAGAGAUGAUUUGAAAGUACCAAGUGAUUCAGAAUUUACACCAAAUAAAAAAGAUCCUAAGUAUCAGACUCUUCCUUAUAACACUAAGUUCCCGGUCGGAGGAAAUCAAGAAGGAGGUCCAAAGCCUCCUCUGAUGAAUGGGAAUGAACGAGGGGAGGAGAAGCAUUUGCUUCAAAAUGGCGGUCCACCACCAUAUCCGGAACCUCCUAGUGUUCAUUCGCCUCCUAUUAAACCUCCUCCACCACGUGGUUUAGGUGCACUCUCUCCUCGGCCGUUUGGUUCAAAUUCGCAAAAUUCAACAACUGCAAGCAGAACAUCUCAGCCGAGAUCAGUAACUACAACAUCUAAUGGAAUUUCUUCUGUUAAUAGUGUUGUAACGUCUCAACCAAAACCUAACUCAAUCGGACCUCCCAGUACUGUGCGUUCUAAAACACCUGUAAGUGUUUCGAACCAUCAAGUUGUGCUGCCACCUACAGUCAUGACUUCUGGUCAAUCCAGUGUGCCUCGAACUGUACCCCAGACACCAGCAAGGCAACAUCCUGCUCCCAGUUACAGUCAUGCUCGCGGAAGGACAAACGAAAGCUCGUUGGCAAUGCUGAAACCCGUGGUUCCGCCUAAGCCUUUGACUCCUGGUAAACCUGUACCUCCGCCCCGACAAAUUCAUGGGGCAUUAAACAGUCCUCUAAAACCAGAUACUGUUGAUCAUGCAAUAUCAGUUUUAAAAGGCGACAUUCGCGGCUCUGAGAACCAGCGGCUGCCAACACAAGUUCCUUCAUCAUCAAGUAUUCAUCAGCGUUUAGCUCCUUCUGUAUAUGGUCAGCAUCAACUAAUAAAAUCUGUUGACUCAGCCUCCGAUCCUGGCAGGAGUCAAAAUUCAGAAAGUAAUGCCCGGAGUUCACCUCAAAAUCGUCUUCCAGUGAAUGGUAAUAUCUCUACACAUGGAGUUGAGAGCAAUAAUGUUCAUAUAUCACUCAAUCGACGUAUUGGUAUGCCUCCAGCGUUUUACUUUCCAGAAAAUCAAACUCCUCCAUCGGAUUUAAGUUCGAGUGAUAUUUCUGCUCAUGCUAAGCGUCGUCCAUUCUCUCAGGAGGAUUCACAGCUCUUGAAUAAUCUGGAGACUCAGAGUUCAGAAAGUGAGACACAUUCACCAAAAAGUUCAUCUUCGAACUGCGGAAUAGAAAAAACCAAAGACCAAGAAACAAAACCUCCAUCUCCAGAUCUGCCAUCUGACCAUACUCCACCAUCUGUGAGCAAUUCUCUCCAUUCAUCAUCUCUGUCGCCAGAUUCCACUGACAGGAGUGCUUCUGAUAUUGAACAGUUUUCAGAUAGGCCACCUGUUGGAGCAGCUUUGCGAAGGGUCAAAAAAGGCAAUCUUAAAACUAAAGGUGCUGCAAAAAAUCCUCGAAGAGUUAGUUUUGAUCCUCUAGCUCUGCUGUUAGAUGCUGCUUUGGAAGGAGAAUUAGAGCUUGUUAAGAAAACAGCAAAAGAGGUAACUAAUCCGAGUGCUGCUAAUGACGAAGGAAUUACUGCUCUUCAUAAUGCUAUCUGUGCUGGACAUUUGGAAAUAGUUAAAUUCCUUGUUGAAUUUGGCUGUGAUGUAAAUGCUCAAGAUAGCGAUGGCUGGACACCUCUUCACUGUGCUGCAUCUUGCAAUAAUUUAGCCAUGGUCAAGUAUUUAGUUGAAAGAGGAGCUUGCAUAUUUGCCACAACACUCAGUGAUCAUGAAACAGCGGCUGAAAAAUGUGAAGAAGAUGAAGAAGGUUUUGAUGGAUGUUCAGAAUAUUUGUACAGUAUGCAAGAAAAACUGGGUAUAUUAAAUAGUGGAGUUGUAUAUGCCCUUUAUGACUAUGACAGCCAGAAUUCUGAUGAGCUAUCUUUUCGAGAUGGUGACCAGCUUGUUGUCCUUAGGAAAGGAGAUGAUUUGGAGAGAGAGUGGUGGUGGAGUAAGCUUAAUGAUCGAGAAGGUUACGUUCCAAGAAAUCUACUUGGUCUUCAUCCACGAGUAACAGCGAAACGAGACCAAUAGCAAAUAUAAUACUGACAUCUCUCACCUUUCAGAAAUGAAAGCUAUUGAGGUGCAUAAUAGCAGCCAAAGCAGCAUUUACAUUACAAAAAGGAGAUCUUUCUGUUAUAUUUUAUAUGUAUAUUUCAUUCAACUCUGGGCUUAUAGAGCUGAAGUGAAAAUGAUAAUCUUUGUUAUCAAACGCUAUCCUAGUUACUACCUAGGAAUAAGAUGUUUGUAACAUUAAUAUUGAUAUGUAGUGGAAUAGUGCAAUAUGGUGAUAAAUUUAGUGUAUAUAAUUAAAAUAUUCUGUCAUCAUCAAGUUUACCUACUGAAGAUAUAUAUUUUUCAGAUAUUUUGGUUUUCUAUUAGCUUUCAAAAGUUAUGAAAAUUUCAAAAAUAUUAUGAUUAAAUUUACUCUUGACAUGGUGAUAGAUGAAAACUAAUAUCUCUUAUCAGUUUUCUCACAGCCUAAUCCACGUUGUUUUAACUGUUACAUAACUUUAAAAAUUAGAUUUUUUAUAAGUGUGAAUUAAAAAAAAGAGAAAUAUGAUCAGUUUUAAGACGUUUAUAGAUUUGAAAAUAUAUAUUAAUGUGAAGCAAAAUUAUUUAGCUUGAUUAAAUUUAAUUUUUUUUUUUUUUUUUUUUUUUUUUUUUUUUAUGAAAGAUUUACUCCAUUUUUAGUAGUGUAGUGUUUUGCAAAUUUUUCCAUUGCAAAAUACAUUGAUUUUAUUUUCCAAAUGCUGCUUUUUUUAAUUAUUUUUUGUUUAUCAUGUAAAAUAAUUGCAAUACAUAUCCCAACCUCUUGGGAAAGAGACAUUUUUUCAAAUCAAAAUGAACUACUAGUUCUUAUGUAGUGAAAUUUUAUUUGUAAAGUGUUGAUUUAAGUACAACUGUGUAAAUUCAGGGUUAUUAUUUGUAGAAAAAGUAAACAUGUAUCGAGAUUAAAAAAAAUUUUUAAUGUAGCGUUGCGGGCCUUUUCCAAGCAAUGUUUAAUGUACUGAAUUAUAUAGGUCAUUUUAUUUUUGAAGAAUCAUACAUUGUGCAUGUAUGUAACAUAUCAGUGUAAGAGAAUCUAUACAUGUAGUGUUUUCUGUACCUGCAUUCUUGUACAGCUUUUGUGAAAGAUUCUGCAUAUGUAAAUAUUGCUAAUAUGUUAGAACAAAUAUUUUUAUAUCCAUCUAAAUGGCUGAUAUGUACAGAAAAUGUCUAUGAAGACCUUAAUAAAGGUAUUCCGUCCAUGCUAUAAAAGUGUUAAAUAAAAAAUUGUUUGAAGAGUA